AGAUACCCUGUUUCGAUCGUCAAGCAUAUUUCAUUUCUCCUGCACUCUCUCUCUGUAUCUCCAGUUCCGCCAGAAAAGAGAUAUUGAAAGACCACCGACUCGGCAUCGACAGCGCAACUGUGCGGUUCUUGCUGUCUUUCUGUAACCUGUGUUUGUUUGUCGUUCUAGAAAACCACCGUUUAACUUACUUUAUCAAUAUUAGUCGGAAUCCAAUCAAGUUCGAUCCGUCGAUGAGCAGGUGAGAAGUUGAAUGAGAAGAAUCCUUUUGGUCAUCUGAGUGUUGUUAGACUGGCAGCGUUUUUGGUUUUAGUUGGAAUAGUGUGUUCUCCAUGGAUUUAAAUGUCUCACUGGUGCCUGAAGAGGAUGAAGCGAUAUACAGGCAGCGUGUAGUUGAGGAAACUGCAGGGCAUGAGCAUGAAGAAACUGCCGUUAGGAGCUUGUACAGAGAAGGGGAUGGAAGACAACAGGAGCUCAAAAGAAAAUUCCCAGGCGAGGGUAUCGUUCAUGUCUCUCCAUCAUUCAGGGAUGAUCAACGGUUUAAGUUUAAUAACCGCGGAUCUUAUAAUGAAAAUACGCUCCCUCAUGGGUGGUUGCAUUGCCCACCACAUGGUCAUGAGAUCGGGUGUAUAAUUCCUUCAAAGGUUCCACUAAGUGAAUCCUUCGAUAAGUACAUUUCUGGUGAAAGAUACUCACCGAAGCACGUGAUUCAUAAACACAGACUUCUAGGAAAAGAACUUGGUUUGGUGAUUGAUCUGACGAAUACUAAUCGUUACUAUCCAGUUUCGGCAUGGUCAAAAGAAGGUAUUCGUCAUGUUAAGAUUAGAUGCAAAGGAAGGGAUUCUGUUCCUGAUGAUGCUUCAGUAGAUAACUUUGUCUCUGAGGUUUUGAGAUUUUGCUCAGAGAAAACACAUCCAAAGAAGUAUGUUCUUGUCCAUUGUACACAUGGGCAUAACCGUACUGGGUAUAUGAUUGUUCAUUUUCUUAAGCGUACAGAGUCUAUUUCUGUCACUGAGGCAAUAGAUAAAUUUGCUAUGGCACGCCCUCCAGGAAUAUAUAAGCAGGACUAUAUCGAUGCACUUUACAUGUUUUAUCAUGAAAAGAAACCUGAACAAGUUGUUUGCCCUCGGACUCCAGAAUGGAAGAGGUCUCCAGACCUUGAAUCUACUGCUGAAGAUAAGGUCCAUCAGGAGCACGGCAAUGGUGCCCUUUUACAUGUGUGUGCCCCUGAUAAUCAUGUGAGGGAUGCAGGAUUAACAAAUGAUGAUGUACUUGGUGAAGCAAUACCUCCUGACCAGCUUCGAGCAUUUCGUCAAGAUUGCUAUCAUGUGCUUAAGCUGGGUGCUCCGCUGAGAGGAAACUUACAUUUUCCUGGCUCCCACCCAGUCUCUCUGAACAGCGAGAACCUUCAACUCUUAAGGCAGUGUUAUUACUAUGCAACAUGGAAAGCUGAUGGAACACGCUAUAUGAUGCUAAUAACUAGGGAUGGGUGCUACUUGAUCGAUAGAAACUUUUAUUUCCGAAGAGUCCAGAUGAGAUUUCCCUGCAAAUACCCAAGUAAGGGUACACCUGAAAAGACUCAUCACUAUACCUUACUUGAUGGGGAGAUGAUUAUUGAUACAGACCCUCGUACAAAGAAGCAAGAGAGAAGAUACCUUAUUUAUGAUCUCAUGGCAAUUAAUGGGAUAUCUGUUGCUGAGCUACCAUUCCAUGAAAGGUGGAAGACUCUUGACAGGGAACUGAUUGAACCUCGAAAUAUGGAGCGUGAGACUCUUUCCAAGAGCAUUUAUCCUUAUUACAGAUAUGACUUGGAACCAUUUGGGGUGAGAAGAAAGGGUUUUUGGCUGCUUUCUACUGUCAAUAAGCUUCUGAGAAAUUUUAUUCCGCAGCUUUCACAUGAAUCGGACGGUCUUAUUUUCCAGCAGGGAUGGGAUGACCCUUAUGUGCCUCGAACACAUGAAGGCCUUCUAAAGUGGAAAUUUGGUCAUAUGAACUCUGUUGAUUUUCUCUAUGAGCAGUUGGGAGCUAAUAAUUGUGAGCUGCUUUUCCUGUACGAACGUGGAAGGAAGAAGCUAAUGGAUGGAAACCGGGUUACGUUUGGAGAAGAAUCAGAUUCGUCUCAGUAUUCAGGGAAGAUUAUAGAAUGUUCCUGGGAUCCAAAUGGAAAUAUUUGGGUAUUCAUGCGGGUCAGGGUGGAUAAGUCCAGCCCAAAUGAGUUCAAUACCUAUAGGAAGGUUAUGCGAAGCAUCAGAGAUAACAUUACAGCAGAUGUCUUGUUAAAGGAGAUUGAUGAGAUUAUUCGCUUGCCAAUGUAUGCUGACAGAAUCGAGAAUGAUAUCAAGGCCCACCAAACCAUGGCAAGGCGCAGGUGAUGUACGGCCACCUAAAUUCAUACAUUUAGCCAGCUGAUGAUGUUUACAUAAGAAUAUUCAUGGCAUUUUAAGUAAGCACCACCUUUUUCUUUGGGAAUAACUGCAAACACACACAUAAAGGAAGGAGAAAGAGAUUGAUCGUAAAUUAUGUCACUACAGGGAUGAUAAAAUAAAAACUGUCAAGAGUACCGUUUGUUAAGCA